AAAAUGAUAGAGUGUAUUAAAAUUAUAUAUAUGAAAUAUUAUCUAUAUAUAAUACACGGUUCAAUAAAAUGAAAAAUGUGGCUAUUUGUAGUUUUGUUUACUUUAGAGAUUACGACGCCAUGUAUUAUCUAUACAGAAUUAGAAAGUAUACUUAUCAUCAAGGUAGUGUAGUCGUAUUAUUGCGAUACGCAACUGCAACCUUUUCUUGAUUUUGUACAACAAGAGGUUUUAUGUAAACAUCUACGUUAAGGAAGGAAUAACUAUGGACACAGAACUUAGUUUACCUUCUUCUAAACAAGAGCUCGAAGAAUUGAUAGAAAAAGCAAAAGAUUGGGCACUUAUGCAUGGAAUGUGUAUGAGAUCAAAACAAAAUUUCAAUAGAAACAUUCUACAAUUUGCACCGUUUAUUCUGAUGCCAUCUCCAUUUCCUAGAAAAGAGUUCGAGAACGCUUGUUCGAUUCAAAUAAUAUUGAAUAUACUUAUACAUAGAGUUGCCCAGGACUACAAUUUCUUAAAAGCAACUUUAGAAGAAACGAUUAAAGUUGACAAUUUUACCAAAAAGUUAUUUGAAAUCUGUAAAAUUAUAAACAGAGAAGGGGGAUCAGCACAAAAAAUAUCUCUUGGUAUAUUGCGUUCAGACUUAAUGUUGGAUACAUCUUGUCCACAAGAAGAUACAAUUAAGAAAUGUAUACCAUAUUGUUGUUGGAAACAAGUUGAAAUAAAUACAAUUGCAUCUGGCUUUGGUUGGUUAGGACCUGCUUCAACUGAAUUACACAAAUUUGUAUUAAGAGAGCUUGGAUAUUACAAAGAAAUAAAAAAUCUUCCAGAAAAUAAUGCACUGGAAAUAAUAUGUUCAAGUAUGAUUAAAGCAUGGAAGAUAUAUGGAAAUGAACAAGCAGUAAUUUUAUUUGUUGUUGAAGAUGUUACAUAUAAUAUAUGUGAUCAACGCUUUCACGAAUUUGAAAUUAAGAAACAGAAUCCAAAUGUUAGAGUUAUUCGUAGAAAUUUAACACAAUUGGCAGCUACUGCCAAAUUGGGUUCUAACAAAGAAUUGAUAGUAGACAAUUAUAUUAUAUCUGUAGUGUACUACCGAUGUGGGUACGAACCUGAACAAUAUCAUACACAGAAAGAAUGGGAUAUAAGAUUAUUAAUAGAAAGAUCAUUGGCAAUUAAAUGUCCUACCAUACAGUAUCAUUUAGCAGGAACUAAGAAAGUUCAACAAGCACUUGCAAAGCCAGGUGUAAUUAGUAGAUUUUUAAAAAAUGAAAAAAUAUGUGCAGAAAUUAAAGAAAUAUUCACUGAACUUUAUGCAUUAGAUUUUGAUGAACAUGGGGAUGCCGCUGUAGAAAUGGGAAUUACAAAUCCACAUUGUUAUGUACUAAAACCUCAACGAGAAGGAGGUUGCAAUAACAAAUAUGGAUUAGAUAUAAAAUAUUUUUUAGAAUCUGUAAAGAAUAAGCAAGACAGAGUAGCUUGGAUUCUUAUGGACAAAAUUCAUCCUCCAAUUCAUAAGAGUCAUAUGAUCAGACCUGAAAAUAAUAUGAGUACAGAAUCCCAAGAAUUAGUUUCUGAAUUAGGAAUAUUUGGUGUUAUAAUAGCAGAUGAAAAUAAUGUAUAUCUUAAUAAGCAAAGUGGUCAUAUGUUACGGACAAAGUUAGCUACUGCUAAUGAAGGUGGUGUUGCAUCAGGAUUGGGUGCAUGUGACAGUCCAUUUCUAAUAAAUUGAAGACAUGUACAUAAAUUGACAGACACAUACUUUUAAUAAGAUAUGAAAUAAUAUUAUACAUGAGAUGAAAUUUUAAUUUGUUAUAGGGAUAUACUAAAACAGUGUACUGAGUAUUAUUUCUCAAAGUCAAAUUUGAUAAGUUAUGCAGCAUAUACAUAAUAUUUUUUAAUAUACAUUAUCAUAAAUAAUUAUCUAUAUAAUAUAAUACAAAAUAUAUUGAAUUAUCUUUUA